CAUCCCGCGGCUCCGCUCUCCUCUUCCUCUCCCUUUUCUUCCUCCAGCAGCCUCCGCGUCUGUGUGAGUGUGUGCAGCUUGGGAUGUAACAACAUGCUGGCUGCUACGUUUCCAUAGGAAAAGAAGAACCAAACUAAAAAAAAGAAAGCUCAGCUCUCUCUCAUUUUUUCGUCCGUCUUCUUGCUUCUCUUAUUGUCUUGCCGGCAGUGAUAAAGAGAGCAGUUAAAUCGGGGGGCCCUGUGUUUUGUUUUUUUGGAAUAAGAACAUAAGCAUUGCUGUUUUCUGACUUUGAGACAGAAGAAAGAACAGACUCAUCUGGAAUUUCCCAAAGAAUUUAUCCGGACGGCUUCGUCACCGGAGCUUUAAUGUUCUCCUUCCUGGGUGUCUAAUGUUACCAACUUUUCCACACUAGGGAAAUUCUGAGGAGUUCUGUUCUGUCUUCACUCUGUCUGAGGCAGCAAUCACAAUUGUUUGUUCCAAAAAGGGUGGGGGCCAAGGGAUCUUUAGUUACACUGGUGUGUCGGCGAGGUCAUCCUGCAGUAGCAGGACCAAUGCAUGGUGGCACCUGCAUGUGGCAACAGAGAAGCCUUGUUUCUCUUGUUCUCUUUCCUGAGAUGUCAACCACAAGAUGAGGCCUGCGGCAGAAUCCCACUUGAGUAAGUCAGAACUAUCCUCUUGACACAGCCAGGCACAUUGAUUAUAGGUCUCAGGAGAGAGAAUGUUCCAUGACUUUCACACCUUCAACCUCAAGCUCUUGAUCUGCCGGGAAGCUUGCUUGAGUGGUGAAAGAAAACUCCAUGAUGUUGAGAUCAGGGCUCUGCGGGGGCCAUACCAUCACUUCCAGCUGUGAAUACCCUGCAUCUGAGAAAUCAGACCAGACUGACUCACAGGGCUCUGUGAGCCAGUGCCACCGAGGCUGCCAAAGCAUGCUGGUGCCAAGCUGUCCCACCAUGCACAGAGCCAGACCCACACUGCUGCUGCUGCCGCUGCUGCUGAUCCAGGGUCUGCUCCUCCACCUCGCCGACGCUCAAACACCGCCAAAGUUUUUAAGAACCCCCAAUGACCAAACAGGCGUGCAGGGAGGCGUGGCGUCCUUCAUCUGCCAGGCCACUGGAGAUCCACGGCCAAAGAUUGUGUGGAACAAGAAGGGGAAGAAAGUCAGCAACCAGAGAUUUGAGGUAGUGAUAGAGUUCGACGACGGCUCUGGCUCUGUGCUGAGAAUUCAGCCGUUGCGCACGCCCCGAGACGAAGCCAUAUACGAGUGCGUUGCCUCCAACAGUGUUGGAGAGACGAGCGCCACCACCAGGCUGACUGUUUUACGUGAGGACCAGCUGCCCCCUGGUUUCCCCACCAUAGACAUGGGCCCCCAGUUAAAGGUGGUGGAGCGAACACGCACCGCCACAAUGCUCUGUGCCGCCAGUGGCAACCCCGACCCAGACAUCUCCUGGUUCAAAGACUUCCUCCCCGUCAACACCACCAACAACAACGGACGCAUUAAACAGCUCCGAUCAGAAUCCUUUGGUGGUACGCCAAUAAGAGGAGCCCUGCAGAUAGAGCACAGCGAGGAACCGGACCAGGGGAAGUAUGAGUGUGUGGCAACCAACAACGAUGGGACUCGCUAUUCUGCCCCAGCUAAUCUUUACGUCAGAGAGCUACGAGAAGUGCGGCGAGUCCCACCCCGAUUCUCCAUCCCACCGACAGACAAUGAGAUCAUGCCAGGUGGCAGCGUGAAUAUCACCUGUGUAGCUGUGGGCUCGCCCAUGCCGUACGUCAAGUGGAUGCUGGGUGCCGAGGACCUCACCCCGGAGGACGACAUGCCCAUUGGACGGAACGUCUUAGAGCUCACAGACGUGCGGCAGUCGGCCAAUUACACUUGUGUCGCCAUGUCAACACUUGGGGUGAUAGAGGCUGUAGCCCAGAUAACAGUAAAAGCACUACCCAAGGCUCCUGGCACUCCGGUGGUGACUGAACGCACAGCAACCAGCAUCACGCUGACUUGGGACUCUGGCAACCCUGAGCCGGUGUCCUACUACAUAAUCCAGCACAAGUCCAAGUACUUAGAUGACUUGUACAAGGAGAUAGAUGGCGUGGCCACCACCCGGUACAGCGUGGGAGGCCUUAGCCCCUACUCCGACUAUGAGUUCAGGGUGGUGGCUGUGAACAACAUUGGGCGAGGGCCGCCCAGCGAGAUCAUCGAGGCCAAAACGGCAGAGCAGGCACCCAGUACUGCACCAAGGCAGGUCCGUGGUCACAUGAUGAGUGCGACCACGGCAGUCAUCCAGUGGGAUGAGCCGGAGGAGCCAAACGGGCAGAUCAUGGGCUACAGGGUGUACUACACCAUGGAUUCCAGCCAGCACGUUAACCUCUGGGAGAAGCAGAUAGUUCGGGGAUCUAACUUUGUCACCAUCCAGGGCCUCAUCCCAAAUAAGACCUACUACAUCAAAGUGUUGGCCUACACCUCUGUGGGUGAUGGACCCCUGUCUCCUGAGCUGCAAAUCAUCGCCAAAACUGGGGUUCCCUCCCAGCCGACUGACUUUAAAGGAGAAGCCAAAUCAGAAACAAGUAUUUUGCUUUCAUGGAACGCUCCGGCACAGACGGGACUGGAAAACCAAGUGACCGGAUAUGAACUAAUGUAUAGAAAGAAGGAUGACAAAGAAGAGAAACGAAUCAGCUUUGAGCCAACAACCACAUACCUGCUUAAGGAGUUGAAGCCCUUCACCACAUAUACUUUUCGUCUGGCCGCCCGCAGUAAACAUGGAGUUGGAGCUUACACCAGUGACAUCUCUGCGGAAACUCCACAGACACAACCUACUGCCCCGCCUCAGGAUGUAAAGUGCCACAGCCCCAGCUCUACCAGUAUUCUGGUAAGUUGGCGGCCGCCGGCUGUAGAGCUACAAAACGGGAUCUUGACACAGUACGCCAUUCACUAUGCUGCCACUGAAGGGGAGGACACCGCCGCUCGCCAAGUCUCCGGCAUCCCUCCGGAGAGCUCCAAGUACCUUUUGGAGAACCUGGAAAAAUGGACUGAGUACCGCGUGACGGUCACUGCCCACACGGAUGUCGGAGCAGGACCUGAGAGCCUGCAGCAGCUUAUCCGCACGGAGGAGGAUGUUCCUAGUGGGCCACCUCGUAAAGUCGAGGUGGAGGCUGUCAACUCUUCAUCAAUUAAAGUGAUUUGGCGCUCACCGGUGCCCACCAAGCAGCACGGUCAGAUCCGAGGAUACCAGGUGCACUAUGUCAGGAUGGUUAAUGGGGAGCCCACAGGACAGCCAGUCAUCAAGGACAUCCUGAUUGAUGAUGCCCAGUGGGACUACGAUGAUACAACUGAGCAUGAAAUGAUCGUCACAGAGCUGCAGGCCGAGACCACAUACUCUAUUACGGUUGCAGCCUACACGACAAAGGGCGACGGUGCACGCAGCAAGCCCAAACUGAUCACCACCACUGGCGCUGUUCCUGAGAAACCUCGCCUUAUGGUCAGUACAACAAACAUGGGCACAGCUCUUCUCCAGUGGCACCCCCCAGCAAUAACCCAUGGGCCCCUGCAGGGCUACCGCCUUCGCUUUGGCCGCAAAGACGUGGACCCGCUGACUGUUAUAGAGUUCCCCGAGCGAGAGAACCACUACACCACCAAAGAGAUCCAUAAGGGAGCCUCAUACACAUUCCGCCUUUCAGCGCGCAACAAGGUGGGCUUCGGGGAGGAGACUGUCAAAGAGGUCACCACUAACGAAGAAGUACCGAGCGGCUACCCUCAGAACAUUAAAGCAGAGGGAGCCAGCACCUCCACAGUUCAGGUCAGCUGGCAGCCCGUUCUGCUGGCAGAGCGAAAUGGUCAAAUAGUGAAAUAUGCUCUGCAGUACAAAGACAUCAACAGCCCACGUAGUCCGUCAGAACUCUUCAUCACUGCCCCGGAAUCAACUGUCCUCCUAGAUGGGCUCAGGGCAGACACUACUUAUGAUAUUAAAAUGUGUGCCUUCACCAGCAAGGGCUCUGGUCCCUAUAGCCCAAGUGUCCAAUUCAGAACACAGCCUGUGGAUCAAGCAGUGUUUGCAAAAAAUUUUCACGUGAGAGCUGCUAUGAAGACGUCAGUGUUGCUUACAUGGGAAAUUCCAGACACCUACAACCCUGCACAACCUUUCACUAUCCUCUACGAUAAUGGGCAGAGUGUGGAGGUGGAUGGGAAGUUAACACAGAAGCUUAUCACGGGACUUCAACCGGAGACGCAGUACUCCUUCCUGUUGACCAACCGUGGGAACAGCGCCGGAGGUCUUCAGCAUCGCGUGUCUACCAUGACAGCCCCAGAUGUCCUCCGCACCAAGCCCUACAUGAUUGGGAAAACAAAUUCAGAUGGGAUGGUGACCGUAGAGCUCCCAUCAGUUCAAACGUCAGAGAGAGUUAGGGGUUAUUACAUUGUGGUUGUACCUCUGAAGAAGCAGCGCACAGGGAAGUUUUACAAUCCCUGGGACAGUCCUGAUGAGAUGAAUCUGGAGGAGCUGCUGAAGGAGAUAAACCGAACGAGCAGAGGCCUUCGCUUCCAGAGGCAUGUCGAGCCCAAAGCCUAUAUAGCUGCACACUUCAAAGACCUGCCCAAAGAGUUCACCCUAGGAGAUGGAAAGAUCUACGGCGACUUUGAAAACAAGCAACUCCACAACGGCCAAGAAUACAUAUUCUUCGUGCUCGCCGUGCUGGAGAUGUCUGAAAAUAUCAUGUAUGCCACCAGCCCGUACUCUGACCCAGUUGUUUCAGCAGACCUCAAUCCCCAACCAAUCAUGGAUGAGGAGGAAGGCCUCAUCUGGGUGGUGGGGCCCGUGCUGGCAGUUGUCUUCAUCAUAUGCAUCGUUAUUGCCAUCCUUCUUUAUAAGAGCAAACCAGACAGAAAAAGAGCAGAAACCGAAGCCAGAAAAGGUAGCCUUCCAAACAGCAAAGAAAUGCCUCUUCAUCAUCCGACUGAUCCAGUUGAGCUUCGACGUCUUAACUUCCAAACACCUGGUUCAGGUGCGCCCAGUCACCCCAGUAACCUCCAUUUGUCAAGUAUGGCGAGCCACCCUCCAAUCCCCAUCAUGGAGUUGGCUGAUCACGUAGAGCGACUGAAGGCCAACGACAACCUCAAGUUUUCACAGGAAUAUGAGUCCAUUGACCCUGGUCAGCAGUUCACUUGGGAGCACUCCAACCUGGAGGUCAACAAGCCAAAGAACAGAUACGCCAACGUCAUUGCCUACGAUCACUCCAGAGUCCUACUCUCUGCUAUUGACGGAAUCCCUGGAAGUGACUACAUCAAUGCCAACUACAUAGAUGGCUACAGGAAGCAAAAUGCCUACAUUGCCACCCAGGGAGCUCUGCCAGAGACGUUUGGUGAAUUCUGGAGGAUGAUCUGGGAGCAGAGGAGUGCGAUCAUUGUCAUGAUGACCAAACUGGAGGAGAGGUCAAGGGUAAAAUGUGAUCAGUACUGGCCCACAAGAGGAACAGAGACAUACGGUCUCAUUCAGAUAACGUUGCUGGAUACAGUAGAGUUGGCCACAUACUGCGUCAGGACAUUUGCACUUUUUAAGAAUGGCUCCAGUGAAAAGAGGGAGGUGAGGCAGUUCCAGUUCACUGCCUGGCCAGACCACGGGGUACCGGAGCACCCCACGCCGUUCCUAGCCUUCCUGAGACGGGUGAAAGCUUGCAAUCCUCCAGAUGCGGGGCCUAUGGUGGUGCACUGCAGUGCCGGGGUGGGCCGCACAGGCUGCUUCAUUGUGAUUGAUGCUAUGCUAGAACGUAUCAAACACGAGAAGACCGCAGACAUUUACGGACAUGUGACGCUCAUGCGCGCCCAGCGCAACUACAUGGUGCAGACAGAAGACCAGUACGUCUUCAUACACGACGCACUCCAGGAGGCCGUCAACUGCGGCACCACCGAAGUGCCCGCCAGAAACCUGUACGCCUACAUCCAAAAACUGACCCAGAUAGAGGGUGGAGAGAAUGUCACCGGCAUGGAACUUGAGUUCAAGCGUUUAGCCAACACUAAAGCCCACACCUCACGAUUCAUCAGUGCCAACCUCCCCUGCAACAAGUUUAAGAACCGCCUUGUUAACAUAAUGCCAUACGAGUCCACACGAGUGUGUCUUCAGCCCAUCCGAGGGGUGGAGGGCUCAGACUACAUCAAUGCAAGUUUUAUUGAUGGGUACAGGCAACAGAGAGCUUACAUUGCAACACAGGGACCACUGGCGGAAACCACAGAAGACUUCUGGAGGAUGCUCUGGGAGCACAACUCCACCAUUGUAGUCAUGCUGACCAAGCUCAGAGAAAUGGGCAGGGAAAAAUGUCACCAGUACUGGCCAGCAGAGAGGUCAGCCAGAUACCAGUACUUUGUGGUGGACCCCAUGGCCGAGUACAACAUGCCCCAGUAUAUCCUGAGAGAGUUCAAAGUGACUGAUGCUAGGGAUGGACAGUCACGAACAGUAAGGCAGUUUCAGUUCACUGACUGGCCUGAACAAGGAGUGCCAAAAUCAGGAGAGGGUUUUAUUGAUUUUAUCGGCCAGGUUCAUAAAACAAAAGAGCAGUUCGGCCAAGAUGGUCCCAUCUCAGUCCACUGUAGCGCUGGAGUUGGCAGAACCGGAGUUUUCAUUACCCUCAGCAUCGUCUUGGAACGAAUGAGAUACGAGGGAGUAGUAGACAUCUUUCAGACAGUGAAAAUGCUACGGACACAAAGACCAGCGAUGGUACAGACAGAGGAUCAAUACCAAUUCUGCUACAGAGCCGGCCUGGAGUAUUUGGGAAGCUUUGAUCACUAUGCAACGUAAAACACCCAGUAUUGGAAGACAAAAGUGGAGGGCCCUUUGGGAGAAAAAAGAAAUCCAAGCGAGCCUCUCUUCUGAGCCAUAAAUUCCUGCUUGAGAAAGUACUCCUUAACUCCUUGCUAACAAUUCAUUAAGUGUUGGAUGUGCGACAUGACUCGUCAAAAAAUGAAAAGCUGAUUCCUGGAGGACCAAGUAAUUUCCACAACAAGCCCAAAUAAAACUAACCUUGCCUUGAAACACAAGCGUGAAGGGGGGAAUCCUGACUGUUGAAGCAUCGUAGGGAAUUACCUUUUCUUUUUUUGCUUCAAGGAUUCAUUUUGGGGCUCGUAAAACUAAAUGAAACCAACGCAAGAAAAAAAGUAAAUGAACAAUAAUGACGUUGUCAGAAAUGCAUCAGUGAUUAUGACCCAUAACGAGAGACAAUGGAGGCACACAGAAAUGCAGGGGGAAGCAACUCAAUGCACAUUGUACAAAAAGGAAAAAAAAAAACAAAGAGGAAAACAUCAAAUCUGUUUCACAAUCAAGUCCACACAUCACACCAAGAAGACAACGCUUGGUCCACAGGAGCAGGACAGACAAAGUAAUAAUGAAUAUAUAAAUAAAUACCCCUUUUAUCCUGUCACAAUGUUGAUUCAUUUCAGUUUUGGGGAGAGGGUAAAGUUUAAAAUACAAAAGUAUUGAUUUAGUUUUUUAUUAUAAAGUUGAUGUGCUUUUUUUGAAAUGUCUUUUUUUUUUCUUUUACAGAGAAAAAGCGUUAUGCCAUUUUUUUAAAGCUGUAGAACUGUUCUAUUGUACGUGCUGUUUUUGCAGAGAAUCCACUUGCUCAUUUUCAUGCACUUCAAAAUCCACACCAUGCAUAAUGUAACUUCCUUCAGGAAUGUUUUUGGAGGGGAAUUUUAGUCUGAAAUUAUUCCUAUUUUAAUUUGAGUUUGUUAUUCACAAUCACUCAUGUGGUAACCUGAUUACUUCCAUUAGAUUAAAGGGCAUAUAUCAUCAUUUUCUACAACUUUUCCUUUUCAACUGUGUUCAGGGUUGUAGCUUAAGAUAGUAAUAUUAGCAUGUCCGAAAUAUGUAAAAAAGGGGAAAAAAAAAGGAUGAGAGAAAAAUCGAGCACAAUGCAGCCGAGAAGGCAGCUGAAAGUUGCCUAAGAGUGAUGACAUCAUGUCUGGAAUGCCGAACCCAGACGUGCCAUCAACAUCUGCCCAAGACAAGAGUAGUGAUCGCAAAAUAAACCUCAAGCACAAAAAAAGUAUGCUGAGACUUGCUUGCAAACUUAACAAACCGGCACCCUACCCAGGGAUGUCCUCAGGCGUUAUUCUGAUGACACAGUCUGAAGCUCUGCUCAAGUCCAUCUUGACCUUUGACGUGGUGGAUUGAAAAUAAGUUAACAUACUAAUGUACAGUCCGACAGCAGCUGCAGUCACAUCCCUUCAUUUGGCUCAGAAACAUUUGCCACGACUGAGGCCAUUCAUUUUAGCUAUACAUGCAGGAAGAUCAUUUGGGGAGAGCAUUUAUUGAUUCAAUGCAAUCUGCAAACAUCUUUAGACGACAAAAAAUUUGAUAUCACAGUAAAAUAAUGCCUUUUCUUACCUGAUAAACUUUAAGCUCAUAACCAACAGCUGGGGUGGCCUAAGAAGUCUGGAUGAUGACUCGCUGCUCAAGCUAUCUAUUGUAGCUGUACCAUGAAGUGCGUUGUGUCCUCAUUCCUCAGGUUUGGGUUGUGAUGUCACUUAAAUCCAAUAUAGCAUUUUGUUUUUUUACAGAAUUCUGGCCCAAAAAGUAUUUCCACCAGAGACUGUUUUCACCUGCAUUUAUCUCCCAUGUUUCCUGCAUAGAUGAUCUUUGAAGCAAAAGUGCCCACUCCAUUCUUUGUGUGGCCAAUAAAUUGCCACACAUCAAAUUGAGAAAUUCCUGUUGAAAAACAUAUUUUUUUUCAAUUACAGACCAUUACAGACACAACAUCAUCAUCCAUAUAUUGUAGUGCCUUCCUGUUUUAGUGGGCGUGACUCAGAAGGCUCAUUUUGUUUUAGACAAUUGUAUUUUAAAAUUAUUCCGAAAGGCCAAUUUUGAUUUGUUUUAAACUUGGAAGAUUUUCAGAUUUUCUAGCUCUAAAGUAUGAUGAUAUAUGCCCUUUAACCGGGGCCUUGUGGAAUCAACAGGGGUGAGCAAAGUAUGAAGUUGCUGCUACCGAUUAUCUUAGUUCUUCCAUGUUACAAUGAGAAGAGAAAACUUGAUGAAUUUGGUAUAAUAUAUAACUAUAUACUGUCAAAUAUGUGAAAUAUGUAUAUCAAAGUAAAGACAUAACAUUAUAUAUAAAGUAUAAAGUUUAAAAGUAUAUAAAGUAUGGAUUGUGUUUGAAAGCCUUUAAGCAGGGAGUUGUGUGUCAUGAGGGGAAAUGGAGAUUUUUCACUGGAAUGCACAUCAGUAAAACAAAACUGUAUUCUGAUUCAGUGCAUCUUUUCUUGUGCAAUAAAUGUGUUUUAGAUUUAGAUUUUUUUUUCCUUUGUAUAUGUGGAGAUGUCAUUAACUCAUGACUUUCUUAUACACUCCCACUCCCAACAACCAGGUGGCAGUCAAAGUGUUGCCGGUUACAUUUUGUUUUAAAAAAAAUAACUCUAAGCCAGUUUGAAAUUAGAGGCAGUCACACUCCACACAAUAAAGGAAGGUAGAAAGACAUCACCUUAUUCAAAUAAGAUUAAUAGGUUUAUUUCUUUUUGCAUCUAGAGUGCCUUAUAUUUAUGCCUGUUUUAUAAUGUUUUAUUUACCAUUCAUGUAUCCUUUAAGUAACCUGUGCAUUUAGUGGAAAUUAAAAUGUAAAGUUUAUGUACCUUCAGUGUUCAUUUGUCACAUACAGUAUAUAUAUAUAUAUAUGCAAAUUAGAACAUUUUAAGGGUCAUAGUUUAACUUUCUUGUGGCGUUACAGAGGCUGAGAGAAUCUGACCAAGACAACCACUACAAACAUUUUAAAAGUAACUAACAUCCAAAAAGACAAACUACAAAAAAUUAAUUACACAGUUAGUGGAGGGAACAUGUUUCAGAAGUAAACGGGAUGAGAUUUAAAAAGAUUAAUUCACAAGCGGAUAUGACAAACACAAGUUGUCAAUGACUGGCUGCUUCUUUAUGCCUUUUGUCUUUAUACACGACACCUCAGAACAAAUUUAGAGACAAAACAUCUCUGUUACCACGACAAUCUUAAACAGGUUCUUAAACUGGCUUGAGCAGCAUUACUUAUUUCUCCCCAGGGGGUUUUACCACCAUACUUAAAGAACUGACGGCAUUGUAAAAUUGGUCCCAACUCUGGUCAAGAACCACUUUUGUCAUGUCAUUUUUCUUUGUACUGGAAAGGUUUUUAUAGAAUCUCCCUAAGACAAAAACUAACAAAACACUUAGCUUCAACAUCGAUAAAGAUUUGGUGAGCUCGCCUUCUCCUACCUUCUGCUUGUUUUAUUACCACCAGUCAUAGUGAAUAUAGGGCCGCACAAAGCAGAAUUCCACAACUUCUUGGGGUAAGAAAAGGAGCCAUCUGCCAUGAAUGUUUCAUAAUUUAAAAGAAUUCCUUAUAAUCCACUGAUAGGUUACUAUGUGGAAAUGUGGAUUUGUAAUCCCAAAAAAUAUGAUAUAUCAGGAUCUGAUCCCAGAAUGCAGCGGGCUCAUAAUUACUUAAGAUGGAUUGAGGAUCACUGUCUUAUCUAAUCUAAGAGUUGGUGGGCCAAAAUAAGGACUGGAACCAAAAUCACAGGAAAUGGGUUGGGUAAUUACAAUUUAUUGCCAUAAUAUACAAAGAAAUGCAGUAAGUAUAUAUGAUAUACAAAGUUUACAUGGUUAGAAAAGUGGCCAGUAUGAUUAAAAAAAAAAUUCUGUUCUAUUGCUACAAACUAUGACAAUAUUUUCCUUUUUUUACCGUCACACGAUAUCCCCUCCUCUCUUCAUGAGCCUUAGUAUCUCAGCCAACAAAAAUAUACAUCAUAUUCAUCAAACUAACUCUGACCCAUUUAAUUGCAGUUUGAAGCACUGUUUAUAAAUACCGAUCAAAGCUCAUAAAUGCCAUUUAGCAUUGGAAAAAGAGUUCACAAGCACCACGUGUUGUUUAAAACGCCAUUGACAAAUUAAGCUGGUGAUAUCAAGGCAUCUUGUUUGCAGGCAUAGUGAGACUAAUACAGUAAUCUCCCAAUAAUCUGACCAUUUACAGAAAUUGAGAGGAUCAAAUGUUUGCAAAAAAGAAUAGCCAAAUCAGUUUAUGGGUUCUACUGAGGACACCAGAUGUCAAACUUUCAUUCAAUGUUAAGGCUGCACAAUAAACGCUGAAAAUUGAUCACUCAGCUCUAUUCUGUAUCUUCUACAUUUAAAUGAAAAAUAUUUGUUUUUGGGUGGUGUGAAAAGCUGGCUAUCUGACUGUGGAAAAAUGAAAAGUUCUUUACCAGUUUAGAACCAGUUCUACCACUAGCUUGGGUGGAAAACCCCUAUCUGAUGGCUUUGUGGAUGUGCAUUCCAGGUGCUUUAUUUUCCCUUAUUAGCAAAAGCAGCUAUGAGUUUUUGUUUUUCUCCUUUUCCUGAUUGUUUUGUCACAAUAGUCUCGGAACAUGUUCAUGUUUUUCCUCAUCUGAUUCUUCUUAUUAGCUUUUCCAUAUGCACGGUAAAGAACUGCAAAGUGGCUAAAACUCAGCCAAGUAGGAAAGACUUGCACUUUCUCUUAUCUUUGUACUAUGCACUGCCCUAUUGAUUCUGAACCCAAUAAUGUAUUACUUGAACCCAUCUCUUAGAAGAAAACUCCACAGACAUUCACUUUGUGUGUAUGUAAAUAACACAGAAAAAGGUAUCAACUUGUGGAAAAGACAAAAAAUAAGCAAAAAGAGUUUGUGGCACAGAAGAGCAUUUGCUCUGAAGCCACCAUGGCUUACUCCAGCAGAUGACUUCAGACAAAUCUGUCCCCCAAUCAUCUGUUCUUGUGGCUUUGCCAUUUGAGCUUGGAGUGUCAUUACCAGAAAUAAACAUUGUGUUCUCUGCUCUCUCUAUCUAUCUCUCGUCUGGAUGCAUAGACUGAUAACUAAAUAAUGAAAUUGUAAAAAGAAAAAAAAAUAUGGCUUGUUAAAAAGAUUAUACGAUUACCUCUGAUUAGUUGUAAGCGUAAACCAUUUCUUUUUUCUGAAUGAAAGGAGUGCUUUUUAUUUUCUUACUUAGGUUACAUUGGUGGACAAAGAAGUCUGUAAGAAAACCAGUUCUUUGCUGACACGAGUUCCAUUUGUUAUAAAUGAAUUCUAUUAAAAAAUGUCAGUGUUUAUGCA